AUGGCCGACGCCGUAGAGCCUCGCCGGUCUCAGAGGGAGCGAAAAAAGGCCUCACAAUUUGUAUCUGUUAGCAGCUCCUUGCUCAAGAGAAAGCGAUCAGACGCGACAACUGACGAAGAGAAUGACCAAGAUGACGCGCGUAGCGAUGCAUCAGACCCUGCCGCUGCUGACGACGAAGCCGACGCGGAGCAAGAAGACUUUCACGCUCCCAAGCCACAGGCGAAGGUGGCUACGAAGCGGAAGGCGAAGUCGAUCCCAGCACCGAAGAAGCCUCGUGUACCGAAAACCACCGCACCUAAACGAACCAACGCGAAGACUGCCGGACCGCCGAAGCCGAAGAAACCAUCUGUGCGGAAGGGGAAACAAGCGGGAGACGGAGAAUUCAACGCGGAGAAAGUGGCAAAGGAUAGCAAGAUAUCUGGAGACAACGCGUUAUUCAAUGCCCUCAUGAAUCCCUCCGCCGCGCUCCAGUCCACCGCGGAGGACUUCCUAGAAUCACUCUCCAACUCCCCGGGGCCCAGCCUAGCUGAGUUGAUUAACUGCAUACUCCGCUCCUGCGGCUGCAACGAUUCAGUUGACGAAGACCGUGUGGUCGACUAUGAUGGGGUAGUUGACGCAUUGGACGACUUCACGGAAGCGUUGAAGAAGGACGACACCCCCAUCUACCCAUUGACUUCCAAGCUGCCAGUGUUCAAGAAGUUCCGCAGGUCACUUUCAGAAUUCCUCGAACGCUUCAUCAUUUCUUCAGCCGAACUUGGUUCGCUGUAUACUUCGGACCUUAUGCCGACACUGCAAACAUGGGUUAUCGCCAUGUCAUCUUCACAACUUCGCAGCUUCAGGCACACAGCCACGGUCAUCGCACUGGAGGUAGAGACAGCUCUCUGUGAUGUAGCCGCGUCGGUCGAGAAAGAGGCAGAGGUUGUCAGCCGGCAGCGUGAAGGCGAGCGCAAGCGGAAAGCUGCGGGCAACAAGGGGAAGGCCGGGAGCGCACGGGAGUCCGAACUGGAGAAGAAGGCUGCCGAAGUUCGCGAUCGCCGGUCCAAGCUAGCAGAGUUCCUCAAGGAGUUUGUGGACGGCGUUUUCGUGCAUCGAUACCGAGAUCUCGACCCCAAUAUUCGCGCCGAGUGUGUGCGCGCCAUGGGUCUAUGGUUCAAGAAAUACCCCGGCCACUUCCUCGACGGCGCGUAUUUGCGCUACGUCGGUUGGGUCCUCUCAGAUGCCCAUACUCAAGUGCGAUUGGAGGCCGUGCGCGCGCUCGCCCUAGCCUACGAACAGACCGCAUACAUCGGUGCUGCAGCACUGCAACAUUUCGCGGAGCGGUUCAAGCCGCGACUCGUCGAAAUGGCCGUGGGCGACAUCGAGCUCAGUGUCCGGGUCGCCGUGGUACAAGUCCUGCAAACGAUCGACGGUCAUGGUCUUCUCGAAGACGAGCAGCGACAACAGCUAUGCCUCCUCGUCUAUGACGAAGAAGCGCGCGUGCGCCGCGCCGUGAGCGGAUUCGUCAAGGGUGUCUGGGAGGAGACUGUCGACGAACGCCUGGUCGGAAGACGGUCAUCUGAUUCGGACAAGCACAAGGCAGGCGUCAAGGCGUUGGGCAUGCUCUUGGUAAACUGGGGUCGCGCGCUCGACAAGACCAGCGGGCAGGGCGAUGCAGACUCGGAAGACGGGAUGGAUCUCGGUGAGGGCUCAUCGAAACGAGUCCGGGCCAAGGAGGUCGCUUCUCUUGUGGGCGCCAACCCCAAAGGACGCACCGCACUUGUCGUCGAGGCGCUGUGGGACGAGGUGGACCCUGUCCGUGACUGGGAGACCCUCUUGGACGUCUUGCUACUUGACCACUCCGCCGCGGGCGAGGAGAACUCUCGACCCUCUUCUCGGUCGAAGGGUAAGCAAGCUGCUACUGACUCCGCCGUUGACGAAGCAUGGCGCUUGGAAGAAGUGGAAGAAGCGGUACUUCUGGAGCUCCUUGUUGCGACACUUCGCAAAGCGCUUGUCGACGCUGCCAAUGCCAAGAAACCUGACGAGGACACAACUUCCUCUGACAUCACACGUGCACUGAUCAAGGCGCUACCACAACUUUUCGUCAAACAUCAGACAGACGAGCGGAGGAUCUCUGACGUCCUACUUGUCCCCCAACUGAUGAAUCUGGAUAUGUACUUGGAAAUGAGGAUGAUGACGGCAUACUCAAGCCUAUGGGAAGACGUCACGAAGCAGUUCCUCUCCCACUCUUCACCCGUGGUGCUCGCGAACGCCGUCGCGACGAUCCGGCGCAUGAUGGACGCCACCAGCCUAUCAAAGACCAACAGCGCCAAGAUCCUCGAACUCGAAGACGAGCUCUCGACAUCCUUGCGCGAUGCUAUUGCCGGACGAGACGAGGUCGAAGUGGCGUCUUUUACGGAGGACGAAGUCCUGUCGCUCGGUGCGAUCUGCGCCCGCCUAGCCGCGCUCUCUGGUAUCCGCGACAUGACCUCCUGGGUAGAGGAAGACGAGGGAGGGAAGCAGAGUAGCGCGUGGGAUAUCGUCUCUGCGCUGGCGGAACGAGGAAGACUAGGAUACAAGGAAGAGGAGAUGAUGGUGGAUCGUGCGCUGCAGGUGCUCACUUUGCACAUCAUGUGGAAGGCACGCAGUCUACCCGCAGGCGAGGAGCUCUCUCCCGAGGAGAUGCAGUUCCGCGACAAGCUCAAGGAGGAGCGAGAUUCGCUGCUUGAGAAGCUGGUGGAGUUCGCCGUUGGCACGCAGUCAAAUACGGUGGAAGGCGUCCGGCGAGCGGCCUUCCAAAACCUCUUGACUUUGCACAUCCUCUUCUGUCCCUCGGAAACCACUGCCCCUGAUGGUAGUAGGCUGCCCACUGCAGCACUUCCGUUGUCACUCGAUGACGAAGUGCAAUACCGUUGUGCGGGCUUCGUCCAGGCGGAGAUCGAGCGUUAUGCCGAGGAGAUUGCGGAGGCAGAGCCUGCAGAGGAACCACGUAGCGACGACGAGAGCGAUGAAGAGGAGGACCAGGACGAGCCUGAGGAGCAACCCAAAGGGAAGAAAGGGCGGGCUGGCAAGGGCAAGGCCGCUGCGAAAGUAGCUUCUCCCACUCCCCGUCCGGAGUCGCGCUCGCAGUUGGAGAAGGAAUACGUCUUCAUCGGCGUUGUCACCACAUUCCUCCGUGCGAUUCGCGCCGGCGUCAUUCACUUCAGGCAUUCCGCCACGAUCCUAGCUCACUUUGGCCGACUCGGACCGACGUUCGAUUUGUGCUCCAAGGUCAUCAUUGAGAUUCUCCGUGAAGAGGGCAUGUACAAGGACAACGGCGAUGCCGUUGUGGCGAUCAUCUGCCAGGCGCUUCAGGAGUCUUUCACGCUCUACCUCGACGCGGUAGUGAACACCGAGGAGCAUGCGAUUGCCCUGGCAAAGGCGCUCUCCGCAAGCUUGUUGAUCCGAGGCGCCCAGCUCUCCAUCGUGCGGCGCCUCGACAGCAAGCACAUCGUCAACAUCCACACCACGUCGCUUAACUGGAUCGUCAAGCGACUGGCCAUGUAUGAGACGGCGAAGAAGAAGAAGGCGCGAAACAAGUGCAUCGUGUUCUUCCGUGUUCUUAUCCCCUUCUGCUCGUCCGUCGACAACCGGGACUCGUUGACGAUUAAGGCGCACCUCGACAAUCUCAUCGCCCAGGCGAAAGUGGAGAUAUCACCCACCUCCAAGCCAUGGGAGCCCCAUCGCACAUACGAGAAGAAACUGGCAGCUGUUGCUGCGAAGGAGAAAGGUCCUGGUGGUAAGGGCCGGAAAAGAAAGGAUGCGAAGAGCGCCGAAGUUGUAACAACUGACGAUGAGGCUGGGGUCCUGAGCGAUGGGGAGGGCCUUGAGGCGCAGGGACGUGCUGGCCGCGGGGGCGAUGUCACCGACGCCGAGGGUGGCGCCACCGAAGACGAGCACGACGCACCGGCUGCUGCUCGCACGCCCAAGGCACGUCCAAAACCCCGUCCAGUACGCAAGGGUGCGAAGCCACAGAAGGAGCCGGCCCAAUCUCCUUCCAAAUCCCUCUCACGCUCCCCGUCACCGACUCCUGCCAGGUCGUCCCGGUCGCUGACGCCACUUUCCUCCGUCCGGGAGUCUGCGCCGCCGGAGGAGCCGCAGGCUCUGGAGACCCCGAAGGCAACGCGCAAGCGCGCUCGGUCGGACGAGGAUGAGCCCUCCGAAGACGGCGCGCAAGAUACCACGAUGAAUGGCGCAGAGGAGGCUGAGAGCGCUUCGCCAGCGGGCGGCGCCCCGGUGGCCUCUCAGGAGACAGAGGCCUCCGAGAUACAAAUCCGCCGGAAGCGCGUCCGCCAUUAGUGAUACCCCAGGAGACCGUGCGUCUGCCGUUAUGCUUAUUGUCCUGUACGCACCGUCCGUCUUGUCAUCUCUUGCUCUCAUGUUGUGCUGCUUGCCGUGCUGAAUAUAAUGCAUUAUGU